CGAAUUGGGUUGACUUGAAAGCGAACGGGUUAACGUUUAUAACCUUCAGUAAUAAAGAGAACAGUCGCGAGUGUAUAUAAACAAAACAAAGCAUCGAAUUCGAAUUUUUCCGGUCAAAAAAUCGAUGACAGUUUUCGGAAACCUGCCAACGCGUAUCGGCGCGACUGACUGUACCUAUUUGUGAUGUAGUUUUUCCAUUUCCGUGCUUUGAUAUAAGAAAAAAGGUCUCGCAAUUGCUAAAUCAUGACAGAAGAAAAUGAAGAAGAAGAUCGGACGAUUGUAACGUUCGAACAGAAAACUACAGGGAGUAACAUUGUAGUCAAUAAAAGAUUGAGCUUAGCUGUAGCCAUAGUAACAAGAGCUGUCCUACCAACUGUAUUCAACCUAUACUAUUCACUUCUUCGAAACCAACAGAUCUUAGUAGAUAACAUUUGUAACCACAUACUGCCCUCCAUUUUAGCCUUUAUAGUAAAUACAAUCUCGAGUUCGUUACAAACUUCACGUCAAGAAAUAACUUACGUAGCACAGGAUGGGAGAGAAGAAGGACAUAACGAAAUAACGAUCGAAACUAAUGCAGAAGGUGCUGAGAGAUCUGUUGAACUCUCCAUUCUACACGAGCCUGAAGGGGAAAUCGAAGCAGAUAUCAUCUUCAUCCACGGCCUGCAUGGCGGUCUGGGCAGGACCUGGACACAGGGCCAGUGGCGGCACGAGAAUCACAAACUCAAGGAUCAGUUGCCGACCACUGCUCCAACUGGCGAGAUGUUCGUACCUCCUAAGAAGCAAUCGCUCACGGGUACCAUACUCAGCAUCUACCACGCCAGAGCGAAGGAGAACAGGAAGAGGUCAAGGGAUUUCGAGUAUAUAGAAACCCGGGAAGAGUGGAACAUAGACGAAAUGGUGGGAGAGAGAUGCGAUGAGAACUUGUCUGAUUGUUGGCCUAGGGACUGGAUAAAACUGGACGUUCCAGGAGCCAGAGUCAUGGCUCUCAACUACGAUACGGAUGUUUUGUGGUGUCCGAUAUGGCUGAAACAGCGCAAAAGGACCGGCAUGGUUGAGAGAAGUGACGAAAUGAUUGAAGAGUUGCUCAGGGUGGGAGUUGGUAAAAAACCAAUAAUAUGGGUUGGCCACUCUAAGGGAGGCUUGUACAUAAAACAAAUCAUAAUGAAUGCAGUUGAGAGGAACCCUCAUGGUAGAGUAGAUAUCCAUAAUAUUAAGAGACAAACCAAGGCAAUCAUGUUUUAUAGUGUACCUCAUAAAGGAUCAAUAUUAGCAGAUGUUUCCUUGCCAUUUCUUAGAAAAAGUGUCGAACUUCUGGAAGUGCAGAGAAAUUGCGAUUUCAUUCUGGACUUGGACAGGAGAUUUUUAACUUUAUGUCAAAGUGGUGAAUUUUACCCAGAAAUUUUCAGUUUUAUUGAAACUUCGUUCACCAUGAUGUCAUUCCUCUUUCUCAAGAUUGUUGCCUUUGAUUCUGCAGAUCUGGGUAUAGGAAAGAAAUGUGGAGUAGGACUGGACCAUCGGGAAAUCUGCAAACCAGCUGGUCGAGAUUGUUUUUUAUAUGUAGAAUUAAUAAAGUUAAUCAAAAAAGCACUAGACAACAAUAACUGAAUUGUUUGUUCAAUGAUUGCGAAUUGUGAUAGUUUUUAAUAUUGAAAUAUUGUUUAUUAUUAACAAAAGAAUAGAUUUAUUCAAGUUGUAUUGAA